GGUGGUCGUGCUUCGAUACCCGGCGACAAAUUUCGCAUGUUUUUUUUUCUUCUGUGGACUCGAUUGUGGGUUACUGUAACUGACCUUCCACGUAGUCGAUGAUUUGUUUCCUAAUUCAUUUCCGCCAUUUCGCCAUUUCGUGUCGUGAGGGAGCUUGCAGGCAAUCGAUCAAAGGGUUGCGAUGAGAGGUAUAAUGAGGAUCCGUCUCGGUGGAGGUCGAUUCCGAGCCACGGCCACUGCUGCAGGAGCUUCUGGAGCUGCGCCCAAUAAAAGUGAGCUUGGGAAGCAGCCAUUCAUGGCGCAAUUUGGUCAGGGUUCAGUGGAACCACCUUCAAAUUCUGCACCUGCUAUGCUGGAUCCCAGACAUUCUGAGAGGCUCCUUAAGAAAGUAAGCAUGCUCAUGCAUGAAGCCGUUCACAUGAGAAAUUCAAGCCUACCAAACGCAACUCUGCGUCAGCUGCGAGAGGAUUAUUUGAUGUUGAAUAUGGAUUAUCGUCAAAGAGCUUUGAUUGUGCUAGGGACCCAGUUUGGAGUGGAUCGAAAAAGGUUGAAAGGGCUUAUGCAGCACUACAUGACCUUGAAUUCUGUUGGCAAUACUGAAGAAACAAUCGAGGACAAAACAAGUGAUAGCGGUAUAGAUGCUGCUCAUUAUCGUACUGAGCGAGAUUUACGAGCUGCCCUUGUGCCAUUAUCGUCACGAUUGUUUGAGCAGAUGAAUGGACAAGUUGGUGGCCUCAAGUUUCUAGUGGAUCUUCGUGCGGACCUGAAGACCGCGCUGCUGAAGAACAACCUCGCAUCACUUAGAGCACUGGACAGUGACUUGCAGGGCCUCUUUGCAACAUGGCUUAGUCCAGCAUGCCUUGAGUUGCAUCGCAUCACUUGGAAUGACGCUGCCUGCCUACUAGAGAAGAUAGUCACUUACGAGGCUGUACAUCCUAUCACCAAUCUCUACGAUUUGAAGCGGCGCCUGGGAACUGGAAGGAGAUGUUUUGGCUACUUCCAUCCUGCCAUGCCUGGUGAACCGCUGGUCUUCAUUGAAGUUGCUUUGACGAAGGGUAUUGAAGGGUCAGCUCAGAAAGUUCUUUUUGGAGAACCUCCUUGUGAUGAAGCUGUGGCAGAUUGUGCACUCUUUUAUUCAAUAACUAGUACCCAGCCAGGACUAAAAGGCAUUGAGCUGGGAAACUUUCUGAUAAAGCGUGUUGUACAUCUACUUCGGCAAGAAAUGCCUGAAGUUCAGAAUUUUGUAACUCUUAGUCCUAUUCCAGGCUUCAUGCAUUGGUUGCUUGCAAAAUUGGCAACUCAGUGCCAUGUUCAGAAAUCUGGGGAUAAGUCUGCAAAUAGCAAACUGAGUGAAAAAUUGCUCUUUCCAGAAGAAGAAGUAAAGCUGGAGGCUUGCAGGGAUGAGGGAAAUUCGAAAGGUCCAGUGGAAUUUAUGUAUGAUGUUCUGUCGUCUGCGGAACAUGAAUGGGCCAGCUCAGAGAAGCUGUUAGAAGCUCUGCGUCCUCCUCUUUUGCGAUUGUGUGCUCGGUACAUACUUCAGGAAAAGAAGCGGGGAGCUGCAUUAGAUCCUGUAACUAAUUUUCAUGUCCGAAAUGGAGCAGUAUGUUUUAUACUGACUCCAUCAUAUCGAUGCUGUUCUUCCAAAAGUGUGGAACAACUUAACUGGAUGGGAGACACUUCAUCCAAAGGACUUGCCGCGAGUGCAGGUCUUAUGGUUAAUUACCGAUACAGGCUUGAGGACAUUGAAGCUAACAAUCAAGCAUAUCUUAACCGACGUGUGGUUGCUGCGUCUCCUGCUAUGCUGGCAUAUUUGCAGCAAUCAAGAUCAGAUACCCAGCAGUAGAAACUUUAGAAUAUGUUGUUCCAAGGCAGAGGUUCACCUUCUGCGUUGUUGUUCAAACAAGUUUAGUUUUACAAAUUCAAUGUAUAGAAGAACUUAUAAUUUAAUGAAAAAGCAUUUUCCCACCGUAAGUUACAAGCA